UUUGUCUGUCCUGCUUGUUAUUUCUUAAAAUAAUUUCUACAGGUUGGUCAGGCAAGGUUUUCCCUUCAGGAAACCAUGCUGACUGUGGUCUAUUUUAUCUUGUGACACGGUACUCUCAGAGCUCAUCAUUAAUAAUCGACUCCAACAUCUUCCCAAUCACUGCGGACAGACUAACUGGCCUAUAGUUUCCUUUCUUCUGCCUCUCUCCCUUCUUGAAAAGUGGUGUGACAUUGGCAAUAUUACAUUCUUGAGGAACCAUUCCGGAACAUUGUGAUUCCUGAAUGUUCAUUACUAAUGGGGCCACAAUCUUUUUAGCCACCUCUUUCAGAAAGCCGGGGUGUACACCAUCUGGGUCACGUGACUUAUCUAACUUGGCCUUCCAGUUCCUCAAGAACCUUCACUCUGGUUCUGGUAACUUUGUACACUUCUGACUCCUGACACCCGGAAGUCCCACCAUUAUGCUGGUGUCUUCCUCUGUGAAGACAGACACAACAUACUUAUUCAGUCUGUCUACCAUUUCUUUGUCUCCUGUCACUGCCUCUGCAGCAUCGUUGUCCAGCCACCCUAGACUUUUUAUUCGAUAAAAAGUGGGGUGCAAGUGCUUUAAUUGGGCAAGAAUGUUGCACCAACACACCAGACAAAACUGAAAAUGUAACUCACCUGAUGGAUUAUAUUUGAGAGGCAGCAGAUAGAAUGAGAGAAGUGGGAGAGCAGUUCCACAAUGAUAACCCCUCAGUAAGUCAGUGGCCAUGUGGGACUCUGGGACGAUGGUGGGAUACUGGUUUACAUUGUACAUUUCCGCAAUGAUAACCCCUCAGGAAGCCGUUGGCCAUUUGGGACUCUGGGACGAUGGUGGGAUACUGGUUUACAUUGUACAGUUCCACAAUGAUAACCCGUCAGGAAGCCGGUGGCCAUUUGGGACUCUGGGAGGAUGGAGGGAUACUGGUUUACAUUGUAGAGUUUAUCAAUCAUAACCCCUUAGGAAGCUGGUGGCCAUUUGGGAUUCUGGGAGGAUGGAGGGAUACUGGUUUGCAUGAUGGAAUAACCAUUGGAGCAAUAAUAAUACAAACAAUCUGAUUAUGAUUCUCGUGCUCAGUCGGGAGUCUGAAAAGGAGGAGAUAUCAGGGUUCUGGCUCCUCAUGGGGAAUGGACGGGGAAAAGAAAGCCCUGAGAUCUGAAGUAUUUUCACUUUAAAGACAUCAUUCACUUCGUAAGUUCUGAUGAUAUUGGAUGUCUGUUGUCAUGGGACAACAAAGAGGAGGGAAUGGGGAAAUAUGUACUGAACUUUAGAUUUUAUUGUAAGUAUCUGAUGAGACAAAAUGGAGCUGUACAAACCCCGGAGUGCUGAGCUAGUAUAUGCGAUAUAUGUAGGUGGGAACAGUAACCUCGUCUCGUUCUUAUGUACGGAAGGAAUAUUUUGUAAACGCUGUGUUUGAGGUCCCCUCCCAUCCCUGGUGAGAAUGGAGGUGAACUUACCCCCUGCAGGUAAUAAAGAAUAAAGCUGCUUGAUGAAGAAACACUCAGUGUUGGGAUUGUGUUCUGUGAGUCUCAGCAGAGAGAUACUUGACAGGGGGUUAAGGGUGAAAGGUGGGGAGUUUAUGGGGCACAUGAGGGGAUACCUCUUCACUCAGAGGGUCACACACCCACAAAACGUCUCCCCCCGAAUGAGGCGGAGCCCAAAUGUCGGGUCCCUCAAAUGAGCUGCUGCCAACCGGAGACCGGGGUCUUCGGGCUGGUUUGUUGCCGCCAGAGAACAUGAUGUGUGCCCCUGGUGAUGGACACACUGACGGUAGGUGUCGGCGAUUGAAAGCCCGUGUUUCCCUGCACCCCACCCCCCCCCCCGGAUCCAGCCAGUCUCGUUCCCCCGGGAGAUGAAAGAGAAAGUAAAUUCAUCCGCUUACAACUGGACAAUGAUGUGUGUUAAUUAUUUGGACAAUGCAGUUCAAACAAUUAGUGAGGUUGUGGAUGUCACCAAAACCGGUGUGUGGAGAAAGUGAGGGUUGUCUAAGGUUCCAGUGGGAUCGAGACCAGUUGGGAAAGUGGGCCGAGGAAUUGCAGGUGGAUCUUAGCUGUCACUCAGAAACAGUUCUUCAGGGGGUCAUAGACGACUGAGACACGAAAGAGAGCUUUUCUUGGGCUCUGGAUUCAAACGGACAAGACUCAUCUCGUUUGAAGGUACCACGGCAGAAUAAAAGUUGUUGCUCCGCCACCCUGAGGGUGCAGUCAUCAAUUAGGAGCAACUUCGCACCAUCCUCCACAAGUCUGACUUACCAGUCAGCACGCAUUUUAAUUCUUCAUUCCCAGUCCUGUUCCGCCGUGUCGAUCCAUGGACUCCUCUUGUGCCAAGAUGAGCUCCCAUCCCCCCACCCCAGGGUGGUGGAGCAACACAUUAUAUUCCGUCUGGGUACCCUCCAACCUGACGGCAUGAACAUCGAUUUCCCCUCCUGUGAAUAAAUUACCGUCACCCUCCUCUAUGCCCCACUCUGACCUUGUACUUCUCACCUUCCUACAUUCCUCCCGGGACCCUCCUCCUGCCCUCUCUCUGGUCCACUCUCCCCUCCUAUCAGAUUCUUUAUUCUCCAGCCCACCCUUUCUUGACCUUCCCCACCCACCCGGCAUCAAAUUCCAGCUCGCCUCUUCCCCUCCCCCACCAUAUUUCUAUUCUGGCACCUUCCCCUGUGCUUCUCUGCCCUGCAGAAGGCUUUCUGCCAAAAAACGCCGUCUGUUCAUAAUUUUCUAUAGAUGCUGCCUGAGGUGCUGAGUUCCUGCAGCGUUUUGUGUGAGUCGCCUUGAAUUUCCAGCAUUUGCAGACUUUCUCCUGUUAGUUCCAGAAAUCGCCGUCCGUGACCAGACGAUCACAUGCGCAUGCGUAAGGUCGCGGUGAGUUUCGCGCGUGCGCACGGUGGACAAAAAGCUCGGAGACUCGCUGCAGGUAGGAGCGGGGAUCCGGGCGGAUUAUCAUCGGUACCGGCGUCCGAACCGCGACCGGCCACACCUUUCUUCCCCACCCCGGGUUAGUCCAAGUCCUUACCCCUCUCUCUACGGGGGCUCCGGGGAAUUUGCUGCUGAGGAGCGGAGACGCUGGAGCCGUGGCGGAUAGAUGGGUCUCUUCUUCGUGUAGGUUUCUGGGUAAUGAGGCAGCCAUUGAUGACAGGGCCAGCGUUUUCCCCGUUAGUCCGUAGGCCGUAUUUGGAAUCGCAGGGGGAGGGAAGGGGAGUAGAUGGAUCACUCGGGCACCACCGAGCACUGAGGAGCUGACCUUCCAGUCAAUGAAAAUGUCAAUUUUUACUGUAUGAAAAGAAGGAAACAAAAUCCUUACAUCAGCUUUAGUCCUUGUGGAAAUCACCUUUGUUCCAUCUUGAUCUGGACCUUUCUACCUGUGAGAACUUGUUUAGUACCAUUCGCUUUGGGUACAUAAUAAUACCAAUUACCUUUGGCCUGGUUAACAAGUGACCUGUAGCGUUCUCAUCACAAAUAUGCCACUCUCCAAUGAGAACAAGGACUGCCCUCCCCAUCAUGUUCAUUGGCAUUGCCGCUGACGGGCUCUCCACCGUCAAUCACCUGUGCGGAGGGGCAGAGUAAUUUGAAACUCUCCAGGGUUUGCUAUGUAACAUCACAUGCUCUUUGUAGUGCUGCCGUACACGAUCAGAACUUGAAAUAAUACCUAUGUUUUCUCUAAUUUAUUUUUCUCAGAACGUAUGGACCGACCAUUUGUCUGAAAGUUAAAUGUUUAAACAGCCUGAAAACAGCACGGCAUCAACAAAACACCAGCUGUGCAGCAGCAAAGGCUGUCUGUGUGGGAACAUUUCAGUUACUGCGCAGCUCGGAAUAAUAUGGGACAGAGAAUAAUACUAAUGGAAGGAAUUAGACUGAGCUAAGUCACAGAUUGAAAUUCCCAUUCUCACACAGACAGGAAAUCUGUUGGGGAAUUAGAUGGACAGACCAGUUGCCGGCGUCAUGAGCAGUUAGAAGGUUAGAAAUGACAAAAAUUGUGUACGGGAAUUUUAAACAGAACAACAUGUCAGUUUGCUGUCUCUGCCCAGAUAUUUAAGGAGUUACUAGAUAUUUAACAAUGUAUCACUGUUGAUCCUUGGAGAUGAAGAAUUUUGUCAUCACAGCUGGAAAAGUGCUUUGUGUCUGAAAUUAAGUUUUCUGUUGUAACUCACUGAAAUCCACUGGAACCGGGGAACUGAGAACACACCAGCAUUUGUUCACUGGAGAUCAGUUCUUCAACUACUUUGAUUGUGCAAGGGGUUUACUACAUCUGAUAUUUGACUUAUGAAUUGACAAAGAACUGUGGGAAGGGAUUCACUCUUCACUCACUCAUCUCACCUGCAUGCACAACAGCGAGUUCACACUGAUAAGAUGUCUUUCACCUGCGCUGAUUGUGGGAAGGGAUUCACUCGGUCAUCCUGCCUACUGACACACCAGCGAGUUCACACUGGUGAGAAGCCAUUCACCUGCUCAGACUGUGGGAAGGGAUUCACUCAGUCAUCGCAACUGCGGAGACACCAGUCACUUCACACUGGGGAGAAGCCAUUCGCCUGCUCAGACUGUGGGAAGGGAUUCACUUGGUCAUCUGAACUGAAGAUACAUCAGCGAACUCACACUGGAGAGAGGCCAUUCACCUGUUCAGACUGUGGGAAAGGGUUUAUUCGGUCAUCUCAACUGAAGGUACAUCAGCGAACUCACACUGGGGAGAGACCGUUCACCUGCUCAGUCUGUGGGAAAGGAUUCACUCAGUCUUCUGUACUGAAGGAACAUCAGCGAAUUCACACCGCAGAGAGGCCAUUCACCUGCUCAGACUGUGGGAAAGGAUUCACUCAUUCAUCUGUACUGAAGGUGCAUCAGAGAAUUCACACUGGGGAGAGGCCGUUCACCUGCUCAGACUGUGGGAAGAAAUUCACUGACUCAUCCAGGCUACAGGCUCACCAGCGAGUUCAUACUGGAGAGAGGCCGUUCACCUGUUCAGACUGUGGGAAGGCAUUUACUCGGUCAUCUCAAGUGAUGGUACAUCAGCGGAUUCACACUGGGGAGAGGCCAUUUUCCUGCUCUGAAUGUGGGAAGAGAUUUAUUCAUUUAUCUGACCUGCAGGUGCACCAGCGAGUCCACACUGGAGAGAGGCCGUUCACCUGCUCAGACUGUGGGAAGGCAUUUACUCGGUCAGUUGAACUGAAGACACAUCAGCGAAUUCACACUGGGGAGAGGCUGUUCAUCUGCUCAGACUGUGGGAAAGGGUUUAUUCGGUCAUAUCAACUGAAGGUGCAUCAACGAGUCCACACUGGGGAGAGACCAUUCACCUGCUCAGACUGUGGAAGGGGAUUUAUCCAGUCAUCUCAACUGAUGAUACAUCAGCGUAUUCACACUGGGGAGAGACCGUACGCCUGUUCUGAUUGUGGAAAGAGAUUCAGUCAGUCAUCCGACUUACAGACACACCGACGAGUCCACACUGGGGAGAGGCCAUUCUCCUGCUCCCAAUGUGGGAAGAGAUUCUCUCAGUCAUCCCACCUGGUAACGCACUACCGAGUACAUCGGCGAGUUCACACUGGGGAGAGGCCGUUCACCUGCUCAGAAUGUGGAGAGGCAUUCACUCGGUCAUCUCACCUACUGAGACACCAGCUGGUUCACACUGGGGAGAAACCGUUCAGCUGCUCAGAAUGUGGGAAGGCAUUCACUCGGUCAUCUCAACUACAGGAACAUCAGCAAACUCACACUGGGGAGAAACCGUUCAGCUGCUCAGAAUGUGGGAAGGGAUUCACUCGGUCAUCUGACCUGAAGGUACAUCAGCAAGUUCAUUCUGGGGUGAGUCCGUUCACCUGCUCUGAAUGUGGGAAAGGUUUCAUGCACUCAUCCAAACUACGGAGACACUUGCUGGUUCACACUGGGGAGAGGCCAUUCACCUGCUCUGAGUGUGGGAAGGGAUUCACUCAGUCAUCCAAACUACAGACACACUGGCUGGUUCACACUGGGGAGAAACCGUUUGCCUGCUCAGUAUGUGAGAAAGGAUUCACACGGUCAUCUCAACUGAAGGAACAUCAGCGAGUUCACACUGGGGAGAAACCGUUCACCUGCUCAGACUGUGGGAAGGAGUUCGCUCGUGCAGCUCAGCUGAGCGUCCAUCAACGAUUUCACACCGGGGAGAAACCGUUCAGCUGCUCUGAAUGUGGGAAGAGAUUCACUCUGUCAUCUGACUUGAAAGUACAUCAGCGAGUUCACACUGGGGAGAGGCCAUUCACCUGCUCGGACUGUAGGAAGCGAUUCAUUCGGUCAUCUCAACUGAACACACAUCAGUGCUUUCACACUGGGGAGAAACCGUUCAUUUGCUCAGACUGUGGGAAAAGAUUCACUCUGUCAUUUCGUCUACUGAGGCACCAGUUAGUUCACACUGGGGAGAAACCGUUCAUCUGCUCAGACUGUGGAAAGGAGUUCGCUCGAUCAUCUGGCUUGAAAAUACAUCAGCGAGUUCACACUGGGGAGAGGCCAUUCACCUGCUCAGACUGUGGAAAGGAGUUUGCUGGGUCAUCGGAUUUGAAAAUACAUCUGCGAGUUCACAUUGGGGAGAGGCCGUUCACCUGCUCUGUGUGUGGGAAGGGAUUCACUCACUCAUCCACCCUACAGAGACACCAGCUGGUUCACACUGGGGAGAGGCCAUUCACUUGUUCUGAAUGUGGGAAGGGAUUCACUCAGUCAUCCAACCUUUUGUCACACCAGCGAAUCCACACUGGGGAGAGGCCGUUCACCUGCUCAGAUUGUGGGAAGGCAUUCGCUCACUCAUCCACCCUUUUGUCACACCAGCGAAUCCACACUGGGGAGAGGCCAUUCACCUGCCCUGAAUGUGGGAAGGGAUUCACUCGGUCAUCCAAGCUACAGAGACACCAGUUAGUUCAUACUGGGGAGAAACCAUUCACUUUCUCAGAUUGUGGGAAGGGAUUCACUUAGUCAUCUGACUUGAAGCUACAUCAGCGAGUUCACACUGGGGACAGACCGUCAGACUAUAAGACUUAAGACCAGAAGGGGGCUGUUUACCCCAUUGAGUCUGUUCUGUCAUUUAAUCAUGGCUGAUCCAAAUUUGCUCUCUGCUCCAAUCUCCUGUCUUGUCCCUGUAUCCCUUCAUGCCCGGAUCAAUCAAGGUUCUGUCCACCUCUGCCCUAAAUGUACAUAAAGAAUUGGCCUCCACAGCUGCCUGUGGCACGGAAUUCCCCAGAUUCACCACUCUCAGUCCGUUCUCUGUCAUCUCCGUUCUAAAAGGACACCCCUCUAUUCUGAAGCUCUGUUCCCUGGUCGUAGACUUUUCCACCACAGGAAACAUCCUUUCCACAUCCACUCAUAUCAAGCCCUUCCACAGUUUGAUAAGUUUCCAUGAGAUCAGCCCUAAUUCCUCUGCUGAUACAGGCUCAGGCCCAUUGAACGCUCUUCAUAUGACAAUCCAUUCAAUCCUGGAAUCUGUUUUUGUGAACAUACUUUGAACCGUUUCGGCACAUCCUUUCCAAGAUCAGGGGCCCAGACCUGUCCUCCAAGUGAGGCCUCACCAGUGAUGACCAACUUCCCAAAUUACAUCCUCGCUGAUAUAUUGUAGAUCUCUCGAAAUGAAUGCUGACGUUGCGUUUGCCUUCCACACCACAGACUCGACCUGCAAAUUAACCUUCAGGGAAUCCUGAACAUGGACUCCCCGUGUCCCUUUGCACCUCAGUUGUUUGGUAUUUUCUGUCCAUUUCAAAGAAGUUAACACUUUCAUUUCUUCUACCAAAAUGCAUGAACAUACACUUCCCAGCACUGUAUUCCAUCUGCUGUUUUUUUUCCCAUUCUCUAAAUCUAUCUCAGUCCUUCUGUACCCUCUCUCCCUAAAACUACCUGCCCCUCCUCAUGUCUUUAUAUCGUCUGCAAACCUUGUAACAAAGCCAACAAUUCUGUCUUCCAAACUAUUGGAAUAUAACAAAAAUCACCAGUCCGAACACAGAGCCCUGAGGAACACCACUAGUAACUGGCAGCCAACCAGAGUUGGCUCCCUUUAUUCCCAGUCUUUGCCUCCUACCAUUUAGCUUGUCAUGGUCCGGUCCGUGACGUCUGCGUUCCGGUUCACGGUCCGGUCCGUGGACUCUGGACUCCGGGCUGUCCAUUGUUUCAUUUGGGCUUAAUCACAGGCACCUGAUUCUCAAAUUGGGGCUGGAAUAUCAGUGGCCCUGGGUUCGAGAGUAGGUUCGGGUUGGUCUUGUCAGUAUCCUGUCCUCGCCACUGUGGGGUAGGUCAGGCCGUCUUUCCCAUUGCCCUGCGGUUGAUUCUGUCCCUCCCUGUCCUCGCCUCCGUUGGGUAAGACAGGCCGGCUUUGCCGUUACCCUUCCCUGGACUGUUCCCUUCCCUUCCCUUCCAUCCCUUCCCCUUCUUUCAGCAACCCACGCCUGAAGCCUUGCCUGCGUCAUCACCUGCAUCAUCGCCUGAAUCACCAUCAAGUUUAACCGCUGGAGUGAGACUGGAGCCUUGUCAUGCCAACAGAAGGAACUGUCUAUCGGUGAGAUUAGAAUUGUCUCUUUGUGUCCCCGUGUUUAGUGUCUGUGUAUGAGUCCCGGCCCUACGUCCUGUCCCCAAGGGGGGGGGGGGGUCCUGACUCUGUGUAAAGCCCCGGCCCUACGUCCUGUCCCCAAGGAGGGGUCCUGACUCUAUGUAAAGCCCCGGCUCUACUUCCUGUCCCCAAGGAGGGGUCCUGGCUCUAUGUAAAGCCCUGGCCCUACGUCCUGUCCCCAAGGAGGGGUCCUGACUCUAUGUCAAGCCCCGGCCCAACGUCCUGUCCCCAAGGAGGGGCCCUGGCUCUGUGUUCUGUGUUCCUGUGCUCGAGUCCAAGGCUCAGUAGGAAGACUGUUUGUCGCUACUCGAGUGGACUGCCGUUGUUUGUCGUUCCGUGUCCAAGUCCUGUCCAAGUCUCAGGCUCCGAGUCAAGUCCAGUCCGGGUCAAAGUCUCCGCGGAAGUUUCCAGUACAUGUUCGAGGCUCUGAGGACGUUCCCAGUCCUGUUACCUUGCCACGUCCAGUCCUCGUCUGGAUCCGGAGUCCGAGCCCGAGUCAAGACCCAGGUUCCGGGUCCCUGUCCAGUCUCUGUCUUGGAAUCCUUGUCCAGACUCCUAGUUCCCAGAUCUUAGUUCCUCGUCCAGGCCUCACCUUCCUACUCUUGUCCUAGCCCAUGCCCUUUCACCUAGUGUUGUCCAGGGCCUGUGUCAUGUGCAGUGUCGUUUCUUCCCCACUUCUUUCCUGAUACACCUAGUCCUCUCCCUAGCACUUCAGUGUCUGUGUCUUGCAUUUGGGUCCGUUCCCAACGCCCACCUUAUGGCACAGCCACUGUUUAAUCCAUGCUGGAAUCUCCACUGUGAUACCAUGGGUUUAUUCAACAGCCUAGUGUGGUGCACCUUGUCAAAGGCCUUCUGAAAAUCCAUUCGGGUUCUUCAUUCGGGUUGCUUUUCCAGCAGGAGUUUCACUUGAGGAAACCAAUUCUCCUUUGUUGAUCCUGCUUGUUGCUUCUUCCAAGAAUGCCAACAGAUUUGUCAGGCAAGACUUUCCCUUCAUGAAACUUUGCUGACUUUAGAGAAAUUGAAGGCUCGAAGAAAAAUAGAGGGCUAUGGGUAACCCUAGGUAAUUUCUGAGGUAAGGGUAUGUUUGGCGCAGCUUUGUGGCCCGAACAGUCUAUUGUCCUGUAGGUUUUCUAUGUUUCUAUGGCCUAUGGUCUUCAGUCGAAGAUUAAAGGCAGAGCCUUGCAGCAGUUUGUUUCCGUUGGACCUUUGAGCAGCGGCCAGUCAGCAUUCAGGUUUGCUCAGCAAGAACUGAAAGUUGGGCAGGAGCGAGUGGAGCGGUCAGUGUCAGAGUGAAUGGAGUCGGAGUGGAGAUUUUGAGGCUUUAGCUGAAGGUAGAGAUUUUUUUGCCCCCUUCUUUUCAGUUGCUUAGUGAGAACAGCAGAGAUUACAGACGGGGUAGCAGAUAGCUCCUCUUGUGGGGUGUGGGAAGCAGGGACACCUCCAUCUUCUAACAAGGCACGGAACAGACACUCUGACUGACCAUCAAAUUCUCGGACUGUAUUCCUGUCUGUGUGAGAUUGGGCUGUUUCUGACUUCAAUCAAUCUAUGACUUGGCUCAAUUUGUCCUUUGACAUUAUUUCAAGUUCUGGUCAUGUUGCACAAGACUACAAAGAUAACAUUUUACUGCAUGUACGAUCCUGGAGAUUUACUAAUUACUUGGAUCGCCCCCCCCCCCCCCCACCUGCUGAUUGACAGUGAUGAACCCAUCGAUGGCAAUGCCAAUGAAUAUAUAGUGGAGGGCAGUGGUUAUUCUCAUUGGAGUGCGGCACCUUUGUGAUCUGAAAGCCAGAAGUCACUUGUCGUCGAGGCAAAGGUGUUUCAUAUCUUUAUCAACCCAGAGUGAACUGAAUCUGACGGAAGGUUUUAUUUCCAUACAGCACGAAUUGACACUUUCACUAGUUCAACGGACUCGGAGUCCGCAGCGGUUGGAGCAUUUUCAUUGUGUGCUGCAUCUGCGAGGCUGAGUCGGGCGGCGCUGUGGAAGUAUAGCGGAGGUAUUCCCUUCUGCCGCCUGCGUGGGAUGGCGAGGCUGUCGGGACCCUGAGGGCUUGUGGAAACUGUGUGCUGGUUUCUUUUAGAACUUAUAGUCUUUUAACAUCUUUGGACUAUUUUAACUGUUCCCAUGGUCUGUUUUUUUUAAUCAAUUAUGCUAUUGUUUGCUCUGUUGUAACUAUAUGUUGUAAUUAUGUGGUUUUGUGCAGGUCUUGUAUCUUUAGUUUUUGGUCUUGUUUUGUCUGGUGAUUUGGAGCUACUUUCCAGAGAACGCGCUAAGAUCGUAGCGCGAUAUUAAUAAGCAGCAUCCUCUCCGGACUCUGGAUUGGGGAUUGCCAAACGUUACGUGGAUUUUCUGGUGUAGUCUGUUCUGUAAUGUGCUUUUGUGAUAUCUCACAAAACGUUGUCUCAUUUUUAACUGCAUUGCAUUUGUGGUUUCUAAAUGACAAUAAACUGAAUCUGAAUCUAAAUGGAAGGUAAACUCUUUAACUGAGAUAAACUGGUAACUAUAUUUUUGUUCAGAGUUCAUAAUCCUCGAAUUUACAUA